AUGUCAGAUUCUGAAUCUGAUGACCCUCCAAAAUCCAACCAACCCAUAACCCUUUCAGCCGAACAGUUCGCUGAAUUCAUGAGAAUUAGUAUGUCUCAAAAACACUCAAACCAUCAGCCUCCAUCUCUGGAAUCACUAGGCGAGGUACGCCUAACAGAGAAGCUCAAUGGGGACAAUUAUCCCCUAUGGGUGAAAUUGAUGAGAAGAGCUAUCUGGGGGAAAGGUCUGGCAUCUCACAUAAAUGGAGUUACAGACCCUCCCCCACCGACGGACCCAGAUUACAACCGGUGGCAACAGCGAGAUGAUUGUUGUUUCAACUGGAUCAUCAACAACAUCGACGCGAGCCUCGUCAACGAGGUCUCACAGUACGAAACGGCCUAUGACUUAUGGGAAAGCCUAGCCACGACGUACGGGAGCGGCGCUGAUCAGUUCCAGAUCUCCGACCUGCACAGACAAACAUACAGUUUGAAACAAGGUAACUUAUCACUAGAAAAUUUGUGGCAAAAGUUUCAAGAUCUGUGGAUCUCGAUUGAUACCAGGGAUCCAAACCCAAUGGAUACUCCGUCCAGCAUCGAGAAAUACAACCAACACACACAGAGACAUAGAUUAUACCAAUUCUUAUGGGCAUUAGAUGACAAUCGAUAUGAUAAAAUCAAAAGAGAGAUCCUAAAUAUGGAUCCAAUCCCAACUGCAAGAAAGGCGUACGGACUGGUCAGACGGGAGUCCGUCAAUGAGAAGUUGCUAAAUCCAGAACCCAAGGAGUCCGGAAUCGGAGUAGGACUUGCUGCGUUCGACAGAAAUCGGACCCAGAAUUACCAACAGACACCGAAUUGCUUCCAUAUUCAUGGGUUCCCAGAGUGGUGGGAGGAGAUGAAGAAGAACCGGCAGCUUCGAAGUACAAAUCGGAACAGUGGAGGGGGUAGAGCAUCGGCGGCCGUCGCCGUGGACCGAGCCACCUACACCGACAAACCGGCGGGCGGCGUCGGUCCAUCAGCCACAGGUGGAGGAGAAAACAGAACAGAGGAGAAAUCAGCCAUAGCAUCGGUUUCCAUGGCAAGAGUAUGGUCUGAAGGUAAGAGAUUGGUGACCGAGGCCACCGGAAAAGGCGAAAUCGCGGCGGCUAAGGUCCCCACGGCUGCUAGGGUUCGCAGACAAGAAGAAACAGGGGCGGCUAGGGUUUCUGAAUUUGGGGGAGUUUUUAACUUAAAAACCUCCAAGUCCCGGAAAUCUAAAUUUGACCCCGGAAAACUCCCGAAAUCUCAAACCGACCCCCAAACCCCAUAUUACUCUCAUCUACCACCCCAAAACUAGGGUUUCUGAAUUUAGGGUUUCCGUCAUUAUCACACAAGCUCUUAUCAAUUAGUCAUGUGACUAAGGAGCUUAACUGUAAAUUACUAAUGCAACCUCGAUUUUGCAUGUUGCAGGAUAUCAAGACGGGGACGAUAGUUGGGCGUGGCACUGAGCAACGCGGACUGUACUAUGUGGACGAGAUAGCCCAACAGAGUGCUGCGAUGAUGCUAACUCCCGGACCGACAGACAGACAGGCUUGGCUUUGGCAUCGUCGGUUAGGGCACCCAUCUCUAGGAUAUUUUCGUCUACUUUUUCCAGAAUUAGUUACCUCUAUGAACUCUUUUCAUUGUGAUACUUGUGUGUUAGCCAAAAACCAUAGACAUUCUUUCAAGUUGAACAAUACCUGAAUGAAAUCUCCAUUUGCUUUGAUA